AAUAUGUACUAGAUCUAGAUCUAGCUAGACUAGAUCAAUGUACAAUUGAAGAUCUUUAUAAAUUAUAUUAUUAAUUUCACAAUAAUUUAGGACGAUUGGCAAUGUUUGGAGGCAGUAGAGGUGGCAGAAGUAGACCCCAUCACCAUGGGCGGGGUCAAAGCAGACCUAAAACAAGCUCAUCACCUUCAGCACAGAACAAUGUUGGUGGGACUGGAUCCAGGCAUUCUGGAAAUAGAUCACGAGGAAAUCACAGAUGGAGAAGCUCACUAGAUGUGUCAGGAAGAAGCAAUACAGCAGUCAGUGGUCAUGCAGAGAGAAGGAGCAGUCUAAGUCUCCCAUCAGGGAGGGACAACCAACGAGGCAAGGAAACUCUCAGCCUAAAGAGGCUAGAAUCCUGGGCAAGAACAGAUGAUGCUGGUGAUCUUGUCCUGUACAUGAGCUCAAGAGAAUCCUUGUUGGAAGAGUUCCUUACAAGACCUUCAGUAGAAGAUGAUUGGCUGAUACUUCUCAUUAAAGCAAUUAACCAUGCUUUAACUGCCCAGCACCAAAAGGAAUCAAUUAAGAAAAUCCUGCAAGUUUUGUGCCAGACACGUUUCUUGGAGCAACAUUUGGUACAUUUACUUACAAAUAGACAAAUACAAGGCAACACAUGGACAGAGGCUAAAGAAGUCUUUUCUGCAUUUGUCAACAUUAUCAAUGAAAUUAUUGAUAAGUUGCCUGAGUAUGCAAACAAAUGCACAGCAGCCACAAUACAGUUGUCAAGUUUUGCACGUGCAUUUUUUACUGCAGAGGAUGAGGUUUUACAAGUUAUAAAAACACUUGAAGAAAAAGGGAAUAAUGUGCGCAAGUCACUCAAAGAGAAAGAAGCCAGGAAAUCAAAAGCUGGUCAGUUUGGGGCUGAUGACCAUGAACAACCACCAGAAGAUUUCAUGUCAUUGUCUGUCAUCCCAGAGGCUGCUGACUUAAAAGAAGAUGCUCACCCUUUCCUAAGACGAGCGAUAACCAAAGGUGUGUAUGAAGACGCCUGUCAUUACCUGGACAUCCAGUUUAGACUCAUGCGCCAAGACUUUAUCCUACCCUUGAGGCAGGGGAUCAAUGAAUUUAUUUAUAAUGGAUGCAAGAAAGAUUACAGGUGCUCUGAUUUGAGAUUAUAUUUUGACGUUCACAUUACUGGCAUUGUCUAUAAAGACGGCAUUGACCAUAUUUUACAGUUCGAUGUGUCAAAAAUGAAGGGAGUGAGAUGGGAAUUUUCAAAAAGAUUGAUUUUUGGUUCACUAGUGUGUUUGUCCAAGGAUAACUUUCAGACAGUCAUUUUUGCUACUGUUGCUCAUAGGGAUGUCAAACAACUAGCAAAAGGAAUUGUUACAGUCAAUAUAAAGAGUGGACAUGAUGUUGCCUUCAACUCAACAUCACGCAAUGUGUUUAUCAUGGCUGAAACAACUGCCUACUAUGAAUCUUAUUGCCACGUACUGGAGGGCCUUCAAGAAAUGUCAUCUAACCUGCCAUUACAAGACUACAUUAUAAAGUGUAAUAAAGAUGUCAAGCCACCAAAAUAUCUGCUAUCUUCUGAUGGGAUCCUGAAAGUGCCAUACUAUGAUCUAUCUUGUCUUUUAGUUAAGAACACAUUUAAUUUCAGCUUUCCUGUCUUAACCACAGUGAAAUGGCCACCCACUUAUGAAAUGUGCCUGAAUGAAUCACAAAGACUAGCUGCAAUUGCAGCCCUUACAAAGGAAAUAGCUGUGAUCCAAGGGCCCCCAGGAACUGGAAAAACAUAUGUUGGUCUCAAGGUAAUGGAGGUACUACUGGAGAAUAAAACGGUCAUGACAGAAAAAAAAGGGAAUGAGCCUGAUCCAAUUCUUGUGGUCUGUUACACCAACCAUGCUUUAGACCAGUUUUUAGAAGGGGUUUUGGAAUUCUGCGAGGAAGGGAUAAUUCGUGUUGGGGGCAAGAGCUCUUCAGAAAAGUUGGAGAAAUUCAAUAUAAAAAACAUCAAGCAGGAAGUUAGAAAAGGCAAACAGUUUGCCAACCAAUCUGUUAGACAUUCCAAGUACCAGUGCAUGAAAACAUUGAAAGAAGUUUCAAACCAGAUUCAAGGAUUAAUUAAAACAAUGAACAAUUUAGAAACUUCUGUAGAACAUGAGGAUGUAUUACAACAGUUUAUGAAGCCAGAGCACUAUAGAAGCUUAUGUCGAGAAAACGCACAAAGGAUUCCAAAUACUAUACUGUGGCUAAAUGCCUCUAAGAACACACCUCAGACUGCUAUUCCUAAAAUGAUCAAACAACACCUGAUGAAGCAAGUCUUAAGAUGGCCCAUGCAGGCAGAAAACCUGCAGAUAGAAAACUACAUGAAUGUUGUGAAGAGGGCCAGUUUGUACACAACUUGGCUAACUCAGUACAGAAUGACAUUAUACAAAGAGAUGCUUUACCUGUCACAGAUGCCAAACUUCUUCACACAAGGGCAAAUCAUGAACCUGGACAGGAUGUUUCAGCUGUCCUUUGUCUCAAUCAUCCCUGAUCAGUUGUUACAGUGGGUAUUGCCUGAGUUGUUAACAAACUCAGUUUUUGAGAGGAUCUCCGGCAUGAUCAGAGAAAGAAAGAAGGAGUUUCCAGACAGGCUGGUUGAGUGCUGGCUCCUGGGGCUACACAGAGAACUGGAUGAUCAGCUGGAUGACAUCGCAAUGCUGGCAACUCACCUGACUGGUGAAGAUGUGGACGUUUUUGAUGAUACUGAAGCAUCGAAACAAGUUGAGGAGGAAAGAAUGAUUGAUGAUGGUGAUGAUGAUAGCGAUGAGGAGGAUGUUAACUAUGAAAGCAAGCUGAAACUUGCUAAAAGUAAUUUAGCAUCGGUUAUCCAGCGAGUUGAAAUGAUGGGAUUAAAAGAAGACAUAACAAAUGAGGAUGAAGAUGAAACUGCUGGUGCUUGGAAUCUUGUUCAAAACAAAAAAUCUCUAAGUCAUGGGAAAAUCAGAAAAAAAUUGUUUUCUAUCAAACCAAUGACUGACAUAGAAGAGAGUAAUGUUGAUGAUGUUUGGACAUUGGAUCUAAAUAAAAGAUUUUCUUUGUAUAAUCUCUGGGUACAGAAGUACAAGCUCACUUUAACUGAGAAAAUGGAACAAAAUGUAAAGAUGUACACCGAAAAAUACAGGAUGAAGCAAGAAAUCAACAGGGAAGAAACUUUGUUUAUUUUAAAAAGAGCAAAAGUGAUUGGCAUGACCACAACCGGAGCUGCCAAACAUCGAGCUGUUAUCCAGUCCCUGGGUUGUAGAAUCAUUGUGGUGGAGGAGGCUGCCGAGGUCUUGGAGUCUCAUAUUGUCACAGCCCUCAACAAACAAUGCAACCAUCUCAUUUUAAUUGGAGAUCAUCAACAGCUGCGACCCAACCCAACUGUCUAUCAACUGGCUAGGGACUUUGGGCUAGAGAUUUCCCUCUUUGAGAGACUCAUCAAAAACAAUGUGCCCCAUGUUGUGUUGAAAGAGCAACACAGGAUGCGCCCAGAGAUUUCCACCAUCAUGAAACAUAUUUACCCUGCUCUUGAAGACCACGCUUCUGUGAGUCUUUAUGACCAUGUCCGCGGGGUAGAGAAAGAUAUUUUUUUCAUAAACCACAAAGCAAAGGAAGCUAGAGUUGAAGAUACAAAAAGUAAAGCCAACACACAUGAAGCUAAAUUUGCUGUUGCUCUGUGCAGGUAUUUCCUACUUCAAGGCUAUGAACCAACCCAGAUUACAAUACUUGCGACAUACACUGGGCAGGUGUUUGAAAUCAAAAAGAUAAUGAGAGCAUCAAAGUUUGAUGAGCAUGUCAGAGUCACAGCUGUGGACAACUACCAAGGGGAAGAAAAUGAAAUCAUUAUUUUAUCCCUGGUGAGAAGUAAUGACAACAGCAGUGUAGGGUUCUUGAAAGUGGACAACAGAGUCUGUGUUGCCUUGUCUAGAGCCAAGAAGGGCCUUUUUGUCAUUGGAAAUUUUGAGCUCUUAGCCUCACAGAGCAAGUUGUGGACUAAAAUUGUUGAUACAGCAAAAAGAAAUCAAAUCUUUGGAGAAGGUCUCCCAGUUUGUUGCCAGAAUCACCCAGACUUUAAAGUCCUAAUCUUUUCUGAGAAAGAUUUUGAGCAGUGUCCUGGAGGAGGGUGUGGGAAACCUUGUGAUUUCAGAAUGGCCUGUGGUCACUCGUGUGGACAGAAGUGUCAUGGUACAGACCCAGAACACAAAACUUACAAAUGUUUCAAGCCUUGCUCUAAAUCUUGUCCUGCUGGGCAUCCAUGCAAGAAGAAAUGUUUCCAGCCCUGUAAGGAUUGCACAUUUCUUGUGCCAAAGGAAAUCCCAUCCUGUGGUCAUGUCAACAAUGUUGAAUGCCAUCUUGAUGCUAGCAAAGCUCUGUGCUCACAUCCCUGUGAGGAAAUUCUAGACUGUGAGCAUCCAUGCUCUGGAACUUGUGGCAGAUGCAAGUCAGAUAAGAAACACCAGGAAUGCAGAGUACCAAAAGAAUGCAUGUGGCCAUGUGGUCAUGUCUCCAGGAUACCUUGCAAUAAAAAUCCAUCAUCAAUUACUUGCCCCAAACAAUGUGGGGCACAAUUGUCUUGUGGACAUACAUGUAAAGGCACAUGUUCUAACUGCCUGGAAGGUUUGAUACAUGUUGCAUGUGAAGAAAAAUGUGAUCAAAUCCUCCCCUGUGGGCACCAAUGUGCAAGUCUCUGUGGCAUUCCUUGUCUGCCCUGCAAUAAGCAAUGUAAAACCAGAUGUCCUCAUGGAUCUUGUAAAGCUUCUAAACAACCUCAGCCUUGUGGACUAGCCUGUGCACCUUGUAAAGAGCAAUGCAAGUACACAUGCCAACAUGAAAGCUGCACCAAAAUGUGCUCUGAGUUGUGUGCUGGACAGCCAUGUAAGGAGAAGUGUACUAAAAAGGUGCAUAACUGUCAGCAGAAAAAGGGAGAUAAACAAGCAUGUAAAAACAAGCUGCAUUCAUGCACUCAUAAAUGUUCAAGCCUUUGUGGUGAACUUUGUGCAUGUAACAUCUGUGAAAAAGUCUCUUCUAUCCCAGGAAUUUCGAAACAUGUGUCUGACCAAUCAGAAGACACCUCUGAUUCAAAUCAACCAAUCAAAAGGUUAAUUUUAAAAAUCCCUGGUUGUUUACAUAUUUUCUAUGUAGAUGAAUUAGAUGAGUACAUCCAAAGUUUUGACCCAGAUGGGACUCAGUACCUGGCUUGUCCUGUAUGCUCUACAUCCAUCACAGCAUGUAGGCACUACAAAAAUGACAUUAAAGAUAGACAACUCAAGAGAGAGAUAAUCAAAACUAAAUUACUGAAGGAGAAUAAAAUAACUGAAAAUGAUAUUAGAAUGUUUGAGAAAUCACAAAGAAUAAUUGGAGACUCAAUUUUUGUACAUGGAUUCAGGCAGAUUAAGAUCGAUGCUAAACAAAACAAAUCUGAACUGCUAGCUGCUUCCUUCAAGAUUAAAUUUGCUUAUGUCCUUGGAGAAAUUAAAACACAAAAUGACAAGUACAAUUGUAGCACACAUGAUGGUGAUAAAACUCUGAGAAACAUAAAAGAUGCAUUGUUCAAGGUAAAAUAUGGAGUGACAAAACAACAGGCAGAUGAUUUUACAUUAGAAUUACUUCGUCAAUUUGCCACUGCAUAUCUUUCUUGGCUGUUACAGAUAAGUUCUUGGGAAUUAAUGCAACUCUCUGAUGACAUACUUAUCCAAAUGAAAGAAAGCAAAGAGAUUUUAAAGUUACAUAAACCACACAGAGAAGAUCUUGACCAAGUGCUUGGUUUUAUUCAGAAAUUAAAUAAGUUGGUUAUGGCGUCAGCAACUACUAGGCUACAUGAUUGCUCUCAUUUAGAAAAUCUUUGUAAACAAAUGACAUUGAUUUUACAAUCACAAAAAGAAGAGAUGCUGAGUGACCUUCUGUACCCAGAGUCUUCUGAAUUAUCAAACUUGACCCAAAAUCAAGAUUUGUUUGACUUUGAUAUGGAGGAUUCCGAUCCUGAUGAUGACUUACAUGAGCAAAACCCAACAGGUCCAGGCAGAUUGUCCAGCAAACUCAACACACAGCCAUUGGAAAACUUGGCAAAGUUAACAGCUGCAGCCAACGUUCCAAGUCUGGCAGAUUGGGGAAAAAUGUUGAAAAAAUAACUGGCUCCAGGCUUAGGUGUUUUUAGCCACUCAACUAUAAGCAGUUGUUUAUAUUUUUUAUAUUUUUUGAUUUUGGAAAAAAUUAAUUUAGGUAGCUGUUUUAAUGCAUAAAUACUAAAAUUAUAAAAUCUUUUUAAAAAGAUAAUUCAAGUAAUAGUUUUGCACUCUGAUAGUAAUUUAACUAUGGUAUUUAUACUCUACUAGUU